AUGCAGGUGAAAACAACUUCAACAACGAUAGUGCCUAAGGGAGCCACUUACACCAUGUUCAGCACCUUAUUGUACCAAUGCGCCGUGGACCUACGCGCAAUCGACGCACAGCGAUAUGAAAAAGCUAAGUUAAACGCAACAUGUGAAGGACACUUCGCCAAGUUCAAAACCCCUCUACUAUUAGAACGUCAUGCUGAUUCAGAAUACACAGUAUCUAUAUUUCAUGAGGUACAAACAGAGAUUGAGAAUAGUUGUUUUUCAUGUAGUGUGAUUUCUAUAGCGAAAAAUGGGGAAACAGAUUGCUACGAGAUUAAAGGAGAUGAUGACACCGUAUACUGUGUUACCCACAAUCUUAAUGAUGAGACUAUCAACUGUACUUGCGGGAUGUUUACACGUGUAGGGUUAUUAUGCCGCCAUAUCUUCCUCAUUUUCAAAGACUGUCUAAUAGAGCGCAUUCCCCUAGUACAUAGUGCCACGGUGGACAAGAAAAGCCUGCAUCCGUCCAAUAUCAGGCAUGGAUAA